AUGAAGUAUUCUGUGUCCUGCAGGAUCGUCAGGUUCCCUUGGCAGAUGGGCGAGGAAAAGGUCCGCCGUGUGUUCCGGGAAGCGCUGAAGAUCUGGAGUGACGUCACGCCGCUCACCUUCACCGAGGUCCACAGCGGGAAGGCCGACAUCCGCAUCGACUUCACCAGGUACUGGCACGGAGACAACCUCCCCUUCGACGGCCCGGGUGGGAUCCUCGCUCACGCCUUCUUCCCCAAAACGCACCGACAGGGCGACAUCCACUUCGACUACGACGAGUCGUGGACCCUCGGGAACCACAUGGGUACAGACCUCCUGCAGGUUGCUGCCCAUGAGUUCGGGCACGUCCUGGGCCUGCAGCACUCCAGAGAGCCGGGGGCCAUCAUGUCCGCUUACUACUCGUUCUCCUACCCGCUGAGGCUGAGCGAGGACGACAAACAAGGCAUCCAGUACCUGUACGGCGCCCACCCUCAUGUGCUGCCUCCUCCCCCGCCGCCACCCCCGUCCAACCCAGAGACCAACGAGAUCGUCACCAAUCCCGACGCCUGCCAGACGGACUUUGAUGCCGUGUCUAUGAUCCGAGGGGAGCUGUUCUUCUUUAAGUCGGGCUAUGUGUGGCGGAUCAGAGACGGGCAUCUAGAGAGCGGCUACCCGGCGCUGGCGUCCCGUCACUGGAGGGGGAUUCCCGACAACAUCGACGCUGCCUUUGAAGACAAGUCGGGAAAUAUCUGGUUCUUUCAAGGUGAGCACUACUCAGUGUUCGAUGCCGAGCGGCAGAUCAGAGGGCCGGAGCCCAUCAGGGCUUUAGGUCUCUCGGUGUCCGGGAUCCAGGCGGCGCUGCGUUGGGGUCACGACUCGAACUACAACACCUACUUCUUCAAGUCGGGCAGCUACUGGAGGUUCAGCCCCCGGGAGAACCGCGUCGACUCGGUGUACCCGCGCAGCAUGCAGGACUGGAGCGGCAUCCCUGACGAUGUGGACGCCACCUUCAGGGACAUCUACGGUACUGGGUACGCUCACUUCAUCCGAGGUCGACAGUACUGGAAGUUCGAUCCUGUCGGGAUGAACUCUCUGGAGGGUUACCCCCGAUACGUCGGCAUGGACUUCUUUGGCUGUCGAAACAUUUGAAUCCUUGAACCGUUUGAGAAUCGGAUGAAACGACUUUUGUGUUUUUUGUUUUUUUUUAAAUGAAGAGCAGUUUUAUGAACAGAGACAUUUUUAUUUUCAUCCGGUUGAUCAAAGAGGAUAAACAAGACUUUCUCUGAAUCUGUUCACGCUUUACUGAAUCUCACCUUCUUCUCAGGAACGCUGAGGUACAUUUCCUCAGACGUGGCACCUCCCGUGCAGCUACACUCAUAUUUAUUUUGCACGUUUUUGUCACCGUGAGGCCGAGACCCCGGGCCCUGUACUGAACGAUGUGAUCUCACUUCCUGUCUUUGAGCCUGAACUUUAAUGAUUCACAGACGUCACCAGAACAGUCUUAAAUGUUCUACUUGAUGUUUUGACUCUCCUACAUUUCAUCUGUUUCUUCUUUGUCAUCCUGGAUUGACUCGCUGAUCGUCGUGCGUCUGAAGAGUGACACCAAACGAGACGCUGCAGGACGCAGAUUUAUACAUCAGCGGCUGUACUUUAGUUUAAAUACUGAAACUUUAAAACAAGAAAAGGGCGACAAAUCAGAGAUUAUUGAUUGAAGGACGUUGUUUGUCUGGGUUUGAAUCUAUGAGCUCAUGUUUUCUGACUCAGGUUGGCCCAGUUAUAACCUUUAAAGGAGAUCUAUUCUGCUUAUCA